CAACCACUUCCUUGCUUGUUUGCAGCUUCUGAAUUCAGAAAUUUUCCCUCAGCUUUUUGCAGUCAUGGGCAGUGAGAAAGCUUCUUCAUCAUCAGUUACUCCUACUGAAGAAUUUAAAGGGCACAGAGACAUCUGUGUUUUGGUUGUGGAUUGUGAUCCCACCUGCCUCAUGAUCGUUUCAGGAAUGCUCAGAGCCUUGACAUAUGAAGUUUUGACUGUUGAUCGAGCUGUGGAUGCUUUGGCAAUGACACUAGAAGGAGGGUGUGGAGUUGACCUCGUUAUGACGGAGCUUCACAUGCCUGACAUGUACGGACUCGACCUUCUUGAUGAAAUCAGAAGAACUUCCAAAUUGCCUGUUGUCAUUAUGUCUGCUGAUUCGAAUGAGGAUGUGAUGUUAAAAAGUCUUAGAAGAGGCGCUGAGUACUAUCUCGUGAAGCCAGUUUUAAUGGAGGAUGUGACGAACUUUUGGCAGUAUGUCUUUAAGAGAAGACGACAGAAACUCAGCCUAGAAACUGAAAAGAAGGGGAGUAGUAAUGUAACUAUUGUUGAGGUUGUUGAAUCAUUCGAGGAAGAAGACGAAUCGGAUGGAGAUGGAGAUGGAGAUGGAGAUGAAUAUAGUGCAGUGAGUGAUGGAGAGAAGAGCCAUCAAGAGUCCGCUGUAGAGACCAGGAAAGAAGAGGAGGAAGAUACCCUGACUUCACCCAUGCCCAAGAAGCCAAAGCUGAAUAUUGCUGGAAGCUCUGCCUCUGGAACUGCAGACAGUGGGUCGGGUUUGUGCACCAACCCCAUUGAAGACGAACAGCUCAUACCGCCCCCACAACCAUGGCUGCCGCCACCACCACAGGAGCAGGGAACAGAUAAGAAAUCUGAGGCUGAAACAGAAGAUGAUCAUGAGGGGUCCGAUAUGGCGAAAGGCGGCGACCAACUGUUCCCCAAAUAGGGUUCUGAUCAUCCACCCCAGUAGUAGCUUUGAGAGUUCUUGUUUGGUGGGUUUUUGGGUUAUGAAUAAAGUUGAUGAAUAAUGUAUUCAGGUUCUGGAUAUACUUCUAUGAAUUGGAAUAAAUUUUAUGGGUUGGUUUGAUAA